AUGCCGAAUAAAGGUGGCAGGAAUCCAUCAGGCCCGUGGGGCCGGCUCAAGCCCGUUGAGCAGGAUCCCCUCGAGAGCAUCGGCCUUCCGUCGAAAGGUGACACCAGUCUGCUAAAUCUCAAAACGCAAGAGAGCUACUAUACCAUUAUAGUGGACCGGUACAUGACCUUUUGCUCCGACGCUGGACAACGAGACGAACUGCUUCGGAGAUUCUCGUCUUUGGCACCUUCGACUUCAAACUCAUCUCCAGCCCCCGCCCCGGCUACUUCUCGGAGAAUCUUGCCCGCCAUCAACAGUGAAACGCUCCAGAGCCCUGCCAGCACCAAAGCCCUCUCUGAUGUAGUCGCCGCUCUGAGGAAACUGAGGGAGGGCAUCGUCGCCACGAAACGAGCAGAUGACUUUGCCGUCCAGGCCUAUCUCUUCUGCAUCCGACUCUCCAUCCUCGUCAAGCAUUUCGAAUCCUAUCACCCAGCCAUUCUGCACUUGCUACGCUCAAUCCAUCCACAACAUCCGCUCACGUCUGUCGAGCUACAAGAAGUGGUGGCGUAUCUAGUGCUUGAUGCUGCUUGUCGGCGUAGAGCGCUGGCAGAAGCCUUUGCUCUGCGGCAGAAGUAUGGUUUAAGGGACUCCAAGGUAAACGCAGCGUUGACAGCAUUGGCGCAUGACAACUAUGUAUUGUUCCAAAAGGUCAAGAGAAGCGUGGAUGGCCAUCGGGCAAGAAUUAUGGAAUGGGCAGAGGGCGAUUUGAGAAUGCACACGCUCAAGUGCUUUGGAAGAACGUAUCUGUCAGUGGAAUUGGAUUAUUUAGAGCAGGCGACGGGCUCAAAAUGGGCCGACUUGAAGCAAAGUGAUGGAGUUGGCUGGGACUUGGAGGGCAGCAAAGUGGUGAUUCGCAAGAUCAAGGCUCGCUGA